CGGGUUAUCAUGAAGGAAAGGAUACUGGCUGGGGCCCCGCUCUCGCUUAGGACUCUACAGUGAUGAUGAUCGUAGACGUCGACGGCAUGUAUCUGCUCCGUACGUAUGACGAGGUUUAUACCAUUUGCUAUUCGACUACUGUCUUCUUCAUUUUCUUAUGGCUGGACAAGGGGAAUCUCUGAUAGGAAAACAGAAAAAAAAGUGUUUCAAACUGCUUCUUCAUGCUCUGUGCCUGCUCUCUUGAUUAUGCUGUUUUGUGCCUUAGUCCGUCUUGAUGCGAGUCUUCUCUAUAGAUACCGUGCAUUAGCAAUGGAAAAUAUACCUUUUGACUUAAAAAACUUCUUUCACUCGCUUUCCUUGUGACCUGCCCUUGCGUUACUCGGCUGUUUCGUUUUCUGGGAUGUGCCGUCCCUGCAUAAUGACC